ACUGGUGGAUCCAGCAAACUAUAAAUGUGGAGAUUGGUAGUUGAUGUGUAUGGACCAGCCGUGGGGAUUGAGCGCCGAUGUUGGUGGGGUUUCUAGGCUGAAAUCAUUAACCUCGAAACACCCAAUUCAUUGGUAAACAAGACUGGCUUAUGAACUGAGGGUUGAAAUAUCAAGGUUGAAGAUGUUCAACAGAGUCCUAGAGCUUAAUACCUCAAAGACAAACUGGGCACUAAAAGUCAGAUUGGUGCGUGCUUAUCCAGUCCCUUUUUUCACAAACAAAAAUGUGAUCAAUACCAUGGAGUGUGUGUUUCACGAUGAAGAGGGCGACAAAAUCCAUGCCACAAUUCGCCGAGAAAGGCUUGGCACAUUCAAGGAGCGCAUAAAAGAAGGAAACGUUUACAUCUUGAGAAACUUCGUUGUGACUCCUAAUUCCAUGAAGUACAAGACAACAAAUUGUCCUUUCAACAUCAUUUUCAACCACAAGACAACAUUGGUUGACCAUGACGUUCCGUUUCCAAAAAAUAUGUUCAGCUUCAAACCAUUUUUUGGACUUCAAAAUGCAAAAGAAGUAAACCUGACUGAGCUGUUUGAUAUUAUAGGGAGCGUUAGGUCAAUCCAUUUUCCUAGACCACGUGAGAAUAAUGGAGCCACCCAAAAAUUGGUUGAAAUGGUCUUGGAAGACCCUGACCAACAAAAGAUAAGGUGCACUCUAUGGGCUGAUUUUGUUGACGCAAUAAGGCGUGGGGUAGAAAAGACUCCUAACUUCAUGGUAAUCGUUGUUCAAAUGGUUCACCCAAGACUAUACAAAGGUGAAGUGUGCAUGACCAACAGUUACCAUGGCUCAAAGCUGAUUAUCAAUGGCAAAGACCAAGAGAUACUGGACUUCAAGGACAGGUUUGACUUGCAUGGUGAUGAGGGUUACAAUGGUUCACCCAUUGUUGUGACCACAGAAGAAGAAGAGGGUUCGGGAGACGAAGAAUUUGUGGCAAUGGAAUCCCUCUUCCAGGAAAACUUGAAUGGCCGAUUCUGGGUUGCCGGUGAAGUCGUUGAUAUAGAAACUGGAGAUGGAUGGUGGUACUUGGCUUGCAGAGAAUGUGCAAGGAAGGUGGCACCAAAAUGUGGCCGUUUUGAGUGCAUAAAUCCAGCAUGUAAAAACCGUCGUGAUGCGGUGAUGAGGUACAAAGUCAAGAUAAGAAUUAUGGACAAAACAGCAAACGCUGCAUUUAUUCUAUGGGAUACAGCUUGCCAAGAAUUAUUCGGGAAAAAGGCAGCUACUAUGGUUGGGGACACGAAAGAAGAAGAUGGGUUUCCUUUGGAAAUAUUAAAUUUGAUUGACAAGAAAGUGAUUUGUUUGGCUCAAGUACAAAAUGAUAGUACAAAGAGAGGUGAAAUUGCUUUUAGUGUUCAAAAGAUUAAACUUGAAAAUGAGAACACAGCACAAGUGAAUGGGGAAACUUCACAUGCUAAGGAAUUGGAGGAUUCCUCUGGAGAGCAGAACAAGAAAAACAAAGAAAAAUGUGAUGAGAUUGACCUUACCAUCAACGAGGAAACAGAUGGUGACACUGCCACAUGCAGUAAAAGAGGAGCAGAAAAGGGGGGAGAAACUCUUCAGGAGAUGGUUAAGAGAAAUAAAAGGGCAAUUAAAGUCAAGAUUGAGAAGUCCUGAACGAAGAAUCUGGCUACCUACCGAAGCCUGUGUUUUCAAUUAUGUUCUAUGUGAUUUGCUGCUUUCCUACUUUCCACUUUUCAGUGUUUUUAAGCAUUACCUAAGUGUUGUCAAACACACAAGGUCUUAAACCUUUAGGAUUUCCUAUAUUUGUUUUCACCUAAAUGUGUUGUAAACACAAUGGUCUGUUCUAUGUUCAUAUCAAUGUAAAUA